AUGGCUUCUUCUGAUGAGAAUGAUGACUCUCAAAAUGAAUAUAUGAUGGAUGAAUCGGAGGCACAUCGUUUAUUGGAACGCCACAGUCAUAUGGACGUGUUCAAGAAAGUUCAAGAAGCUCAAGUUACCUAUGGAGAUAAAAGUAACAAGGUACCACAAAGAAUGUACUUACAACCAAUUGGUAAAAUACCCAAUUACCAAAAAUUGCCCAACUCAAGUCAAUUUGAUUCUGAAAUCGUGGAACUAUAUCUUGAAGGCGCAAUACUUUAUCAAGAUGCUACUGAACUCUGGGAAAAACGGCAUGAAUAUGCAGUAAUCGAAGAUGAUUUUGGAUUAUCACUUGAAAAAUUGUUAAAUAAUGGUGUAAAAGUGUCGUUGAGUAAUCUGAAAAGUGCUGUUGCACAAUACGACAAAGAUCCAGAAGAUUUAGAUAUGCACGAUAAAAAGAGUAAAGAUACAUUUCGAUAUUUCACGCAAAGAGGAGUUGGACGCGAUGACGCACAGGCAUUUGCAUUGGCUAUCGCAUUUUAUACUGGUAAAUACUCCGCGCCGAUGAGUAUGGCAGCAAAUAUCGUCGCUCGGCAAAGUAAACAUGCUGCCUUAAUGGCAUCAAAAGAUUUAACUAAUGUUGGUGAUAAUGCAGCCAUGAUUAUGUAUUAUCUAAUUAAAGGUUUAUCAUAUAUCGAUUACUACUGGGGAAUAGUGUACCGAUGUAUAGAUCUCACGGAACAAGAUCUCAACGAUUAUAAACCUGGUGAAAUUGUUACAUGGUUGCAAUUUAGUAGCGCUGACAAAAGAGAGAAAGGUUCAACUUGGUUUACCAAACGUAAUACAAUUAUGACCAUCUUUUCAUUGACUGGUCGAAGCAUAA